AUGAGCGCGCUGUACGUCAAUGGCUCGGCCCCGGAUGAGCCCAAUCCCGCCUCCGAAGGAGGACGGUCGAUGCAGGCUGGCGUGACGUUAUCGGAGAUAUCGUCGGCGGUAGAGCAGCCCAGCGCAGCAGACUACGCCAUGCACUUCAUCACCCUUCCCUGGAAGCUGCUCUUCGCAUUCGUGCCGCCAACCGACUACUGCGGUGGCUGGCUCAGUUUCAUGUGCUCCUUGCUGAUGAUCGCGCUCGUCACCGCCAUCAUCGGCGACAUGGCCGCACUCCUUGGCUGCGUUCUUGGCCUCCCAGACGAGGUCACCGCGAUCACAUUUGUGGCGCUCGGCACCUCCUUGCCCGACACUUUCGCGUCAAGAACGGCAGCCGUGCAAGAUCCCACCGCAGACGCAUCGGUUGGCAACGUUACGGGCAGCAACUCUGUCAAUGUCUUUCUUGGAUUGGGCCUGCCAUGGACGAUGGGUUCGCUUUACUGGUCUUAUUCCGAGCCCGAUGCGAAAUGGCUGAGCAAAUACGCACCACCUUUGGGUGUAGAAUCUUUGGUCCCGAUCCAAUCGCGUUUCCGUGAAGGUGCGUUCGUUGUCAGGAAGGGCGCGCUCGUCCCCAGCGUUGCCGUCUUCACUUGCUGCGCACUCGUGGCCAUGGGCAUGCUCUACUACCGCCGGAGGCACCUUGGCGGCGAGCUUGGCGGGCCGAAGUACAACAAGAUGGUGUCCGCCGGCGUCCUCGUCGUCCUGUGGGUGGUAUUCGUGUGCUUGUGCUCCCACUUCGCUCUGGAUCACCGGCUCUGCAGCUGA